UUGCAGAUUUGCCAUGACGAACAAGAUGUCCCAAAGGCCUUCGCCACGGUGGAAAGCCGUGCCGGUGUCCUCUUCAAGGACACCGGAGUCUUCCUGGAGAAGUACUAUCCACGCUCUCGGCACAUUGAGGUGCAAGUAUUCGGAAACGGUGCCCGAGUAGUCGCUUUCGGAGAGAGGGAAUGCUCUCUUCAACGGCGUCAUCAGAAGGUAAUUGAGGAAUGCCCUAGCCCGUUCGUAGAGCGGACCCCUGGUCUGCGCGAGAAGAUGCUGCAAGCCGCAGUCAGUUACGCCUCACAUCUCAAGUACAAAAGCGCAGGCACCGUGGAGUUCCUCGUCGACGACGAGACGGCCGAUUUCUUCUUCCUGGAGAUGAACACGCGGUUGCAGAUUGAGCAUGGCAUCACCGAGAUGUGCUACCGAGUCGACCUCGUACAUCUGAUGCUUUACCAGGCCGACUACGAACGUGGCGGCCAGUUGGGCAUACCUUCAGAUGAACUGCAGGGCUUCCAACAGGCACACCCGCGCGGUUCGGCCAUCGAGGCGAGAAUAUACGCAGAGAUCCCUCUGCUCGACUUUACCCCCAGUCCGGGCCUCCUCCAGAACGUAAGCUGGCCGCAAGGCGACGGCGUCCGUGUCGAUACCUGGGUGAAAAACGACCAGCAUAUCACGCCUUUUUACGACCCAUUGAUUGCCAAGAUCAUGGUACACAGCCCUGAUGGCCGAGCCGACGCACAGAGAAAGAUGAUUGCGGCGCUAGCGAAUACAACCUUGCAAGGUACUCAAACGAAUUUGCAGUAUCUUUUGCAAGUCCUUCAGUCUGACAACUUCUCCAAAGGCAACACCCUUGCCAAUUUCCUAGCCGCCUUCCAGGUCGAGGUAUGCGCUAUGCAAGUCCUCAGCCCCGGUGUCUUAACCACGGUCCAGGACUACCCUGGACGAACGACGGUGGGGCAUGGAGUGCCCCCGAGCGGCCCGAUGGACGAUCUGAGCAGCCGAGUCGCCAACAUCCUCGUUGGCAAUGAUCCAAGCGUCGAGUUCCUCGAGAUCACCAUGACGGGCCCAGAGCUCGAGUUUCAUGAGUCGGCCAUUGUGGCCGUCUGUGGUGCCCAAGUGCCCGUAACCGUCGACGGCGAGGAACGGCCAAUGUGGUCUCGCAUCAUUGUGAAGCAGGGACAGACACUCAAUAUUGGUAGCGUUUUCGGCGACGGACUCAGGGCCUACCUCGCUGUCAAGGGCGGCUUCCCCGAGAUUCCGCUCUUUCUCGAUUCCAAGUCCACGGCACCAGAGCUUGGCCUUGGUGGCCUGCAGGGACGAAAGUUGCAGGCCAACGAUAUCAUCGCUCUCUCCCCGGAGUCGGGUGCCUGGGCAGCCGCGGCUAAGCCCUUCUCGCUACCCCCGGGGGUCGUGCCGGAUUACAACGUCUCCGAAAUAUACUGUCUCAAUGGUCCGUUUGGCUCGCAAGAUAUUCUUACCCCAGAAGGCAUGGAUAUGAUUACUAGUUCCCAAUGGACCGUUAGUCAUAACAGCAGCCGCAUCGGAGUUCGACUGGAGGGCCCCCGACUAAAGUGGGCGCGUACUACCGGUGGAGGAGGCGGGUCCCAUCCAUCAAAUGUCUUUGACUAUGAAUACCCCAACGGCGGCGUCAACUGGACAGGGGAGUACCCCUUCAUCUUCUCGCGCGACCGCCCAGACCUCGGUGGGUUUGCCUGUCCUGUGACCAUCUGCUCGGCCGAAAUGUGGAAGGUCGGCCAGCUGAAAGCGGGUCAUGCUUUUCGUUUUCAACUCGUCACCUUCGAGGACGCUGUAGAAAUAACCCGUAGAAACGAGGGGUAUUUGAAGUCUCUGGCCGCUCUUGUGGACGGUGAAGAAACCGAAGUAACCCCUCCCGGACCGACGACGUCCGGCUCUCAGAAAACCACUUCCAUCCUACAUACGACGCAAUCCCUCGGCGACCAUCCCCGCGUCACUUACCGGCAAGGAGGCGACGCGGCUAUAGUGAUUGAGUAUGGCGAGCAAGUUGCCGAUCUGCGGAAUACUGUCUGCGUCAAGAUUCUCAAGGAGAAAAUCUCGGCCCGGAAGCUUGUCAGCAUACGCUGCGAGCCCAAUAUUUCCACGCUCACUGUGCACUUCGAUCCGCUCCAGAUGCACCAGUCGGAGCUUCUCCAAAAAUUGAUGGAGCUUGAUGAGAGCAUCGAAGAGGUUGUAGGCGUCAAAGUGGCGGUCCGCGAGCUCAGACUCCCGCUGUGCGUAGACCACCCCACAGUCAAAGAAGCCACAGAGCGAUACAUGGAGAGCAUUCGGCCGACGGCCGCCUACCUCCCGGACAACGUCGAGUAUCUGCGGAAGAACAACGCGCUGGAAUCCCGCCGCGACGUUCUCGAUUCACUAGUGAAGACCCCCUGGCUCGCCGUCGGUGUGGGCUUCUUUGUCGGAAGCCCGGUCAUGUUCCCGCUUGACCCCAAGUAUGUCUUUACGGGUCAAAAGUACAACCCCAACCGCACAUACACGCCAAGCGGCUCGGUCGGCUUGGGCGGCUCUCUGUUGGCAAUCUACCCCGUUGCCUCUCCAGGAGGGUACCAGCUGAUGGGCCGCACUUUGGGUACGUGGGACAUGAUGGGCACUCGACCUGGCUUCUCGCCUUCGCGGCCGUGGCUGUUUAAGCACUUUGAUAUCGUGCGAUUCCGCGAGGUUUCGAAGGAGGGGUUUGACCAAGCCGAGCGCGCCUUUGAGGCUGGAAGAUUUGUGUUUGAGAUUUCCGACGGGAUUCUUUCCAUGGACGAGCACAUUGCCAAGUUCGACGCGGCAACCCGGAACCCCGCAUACCAGGAGUGGCGGAAGCGUCAGGCUGCGGCGGCCAAGGAGAUGGGCGAGCUCGACCAGCGUCUCUUUAGCGAAUGGACUAAAGCCAAGGCAGCAGAGGCGUCGAGUCAGAGCGAAGAUGAUGGCGAUGCAGCAUUAGCUGACGCUCUCACGGUCGAGUCGCCCAUGGGUGCCAAUGUUUGGAAGGUGCUGGUCGAGGUUGGGGACGUGCUGGAGAGGAAGCAAACGGUGGCGAUCCUGGAAGCGAUGAAGAUGGAAAUCAAAGUGCUCACUUCUGACGCACAGGCCGGGGCAGUAGUAACCAAGAUUGCACGCACACCCGGCAGCGUUGUUAAUCCGGGAACACCCAUCGUAGUGUGCCAAAAGGUAAUGUAAUGUAGCUGGUGCUCGUCACGGAAUGGGAACGCGUAUCUAGGCAAUUGGAUUGAAUGAGUCUCAUGAAGGACCAACCAAGCAUGCCCUCGAAUUUGGCAAAGGUCGGUGUGUGUGUGUGUGUGUGUGUGUGUGUGUGUGU